CUUCUGUUACCUCCCCAAGGUCGAUAUUACAUAAUCGCCUCACAUUUUCCACAUUCGUUUCUAUUUAAAUUGGAGAGUGAAGUGAAGGUUAUUUAAAUCAUUGUUUCGCAUUUAGUGACAGUCAUGUAUUUGCAAAAUCUUAUCACUUAUCUUUUUACUUAUCAAUUAAUAUAAAUAAACAUGUCUCCACAAAAAUCCAGCCUUUUAAUUCGUACAAGAUGGACAUUAGUGGAAUUAGGACGAAUUACAACGACAGAACCAAUUUAUUUCUGGAAGACGAAAUCGAAGUCAAGGAACCAUUUCAUUUAUUCGAAAAAUGGUUCAGUAUUGUGCGAAAUAACCCAACCGUAAUAGAACCAAACGCUAUGUGUUUAUCAACCGCAACCAAAAAUGGCAUUCCUUCAGCACGAUUCGUGUUAUGUAAAGGCUACAGUAAAGAAGGCUUCCGCUUUUUCACCCAUUACACAAGUCGCAAAGGCCGCGAAUUGGAGGAGAACCCGAAUUGUGCUUUGACAUUCUAUUGGGCGUUUUGCAACCGAUCUGUCCGUAUCGAGGGCCCCGUUGAAAAACUGCCCUUUUCGGCCGCCGACGAAUAUUUCCAAAGCCGGCCCUACCAGAGCCAAAUUGGGGCCCUUUGCUCCAACCAAAGCCACCCAAUUGAGAGUCGAGACAUCCUCGCGCACAAAGAACACGAAUUGAAGAGUUUGUACGGCGAGGGUGGAGUCCCACGGCCCCCACAAUGGGGCGGCUACAUUGUGCGCCCCCAUACCAUAGAAUUCUGGCAGGGGCAGACUGACCGUAUCCACGACCGGAUCAGGUUCAGAAAGGGGGUGCCCGCUGAUGGGGUUUUCACCCAUGAGGGGGCCGAUGGGUGGGUUUAUGAAAGACUAGCCCCUUAGUUUUUAAACGUGAUUUUUAUUAUUGCCCGUUUUACGCCACUAGGGCUUUGGUAACACGUCGUGUGGUCAAAAACGUCUUCCAAGUCUAGCAAGUCUUCGAAUUGGGGGACUCCGCCCCCCACACCAAAGUAGUGGCAUUUCGCGGCCAAAAAUCUAAGUUUUGUUAAGAAUUUUCUCACAAUUGUUGCAAUUUUAUCGAUAUUUCAAGGAUACAUCAUUCCACUUGGUUCCAAUAACUGUUUAAAGAUGCUCAAUAUUUUUUUAUAAUUAUUUGUGUUAUAAAUUGUCUCAGAAGUUAAAAUAAAAUCGUAUUUUUUAUCCUCA